AUGACUAUUGCUGCAUAUGCGUAUGAAACAAAUGAAGCAAGAAGAGCACAUGAACUAGUAAACGAAAACUCAACUUUAACCAUUGAAGGCAAUGAUUUAGUCAUUGACGAUGGAAAAACUAAAAAAGUCAUUGAUUUCGAUACUUUUAACACUUAUGACCCAUUCAUUACAAUAAGUAAAGUUCCUAUCAUAAAUGAUGGAACGGUGCAAUAUAUAAAUUCUACAGUAGAUGCCUCAUUAGUGAAAGUAUUAAAUGUUCUCAUUGAAUUGUUAAAGAGCUUUCGAUUUGACGACAACAUUAAAUGCCUAAAGAAUUUAGUCAUGAAUGAGAAACAAAUUCUCGGCGUUGCUGGUAGCAGUAAUGAUGUACACCUUAUGACAUUAGAAUAUUAUAACGAACAUAAAGAUGAACUGAAAGGAGAGAAGGGUGACACCGGACCUCAAGGACCACAAGGAAUAC